UUUUGUCGUGAAGGUAGUAUGUAACACCAAAUGCUCGUCUGCUUGCGAUUUCGCAAAGAAUCGGGACAAGGUCUUCUAGACCACUAUUCUAGAAUUUCAGAUGUUUGUCGCUAUGACAGUUUUUUUCUGGGUUAUUUAGUCCAAACUCAAUUUUGUAGCAUUUGCACGAGAACUAGCCUCGGAGACUGAAGAGAGGUUUAUCAUUUAAUAAAGAUUUUCUUCCUUUCCCUUGACGGACGGAGGAUAUAUUGAGACAGAUCAGCAAGUAUGAGUGGCAACAAAGUGGAGAUUUUGUGGUCACCCACUGAAGAUGACACAUUUAUUACAUGGGGUUCAGCUAUCAGUUUAUAUCAGGUGGAGACAGUUCAGGGGCAGUCAGCUACUAACCACCCCCACAAUUCGAUUAAGAUAUCUGACAGCCAUUAUGCAGUGCACUGUGCUACGAAUUCAGAAAUACAUUUCAUAAAGUGUGCAGCCUGGUAUCCACAAGCAACUCCCAGGAAUCUUCUAGCUGUAGGGCAGGCCAAUGGACGAGUAGUUCUGACAAGCUUUGGUGAUCCAGGAGCAGAUGAACUUAUUGGUAGAGAUUUGGUUCCAAGGCAUCAAAGGCAGUGCACUUUCUUAACAUGGAAUCCAGAGGAUGCAAAUCUUCUUGCAGAAGGUUUGGAAAAGUUUCGAAAUGACCCAUGCAUUGUCAUUUGGGAUAUCACAUUAAGCCAUUCAGCCUCAGGUGAUGGUUCUGAACGAUCUCGUUACAGCUCAAGUGAGCAUGGAUCAAUCACAAAACCAUAUUUGGAGAUAGGUCCUGGAGAAACUAGCUCAUCAUUUUCUUGGUUUCCUCAGACACCGAGAUCAUUUGUCACUGGAAUGAAUAAUCGGUAUCUUAGGAUUUAUGAUCUUAGAGACACAACAAGACCAAGACUUACAACACAACAGCCUCGCACAGUGUCGGGUGUAUGUGUCGACUCUCUUAGCACCAAUCGGUUAGCAUCAUUUGGAGAGACCCAAGUUGCAGUUUGGGACACAAGAAUGUUUGACAGACCUAUUUUGACUUUACAAGAAAACAAACCUGUAUCUAAGAUAAGUUGGUGUCCAACAAGGGCUGGAAUGUUGUCAGUUAUGUGUAAAGACAGUUCAGUCUUUAAACUGUAUGACAUCAAGCAUUCUGUUAUGGGCUCUGACGAUAUUGAACCUGUCAUUGUUGAUAGAAAUGUACAGCCAUUUGUUGGAACAGCACUAUCUUCAUAUGCUUGGCAUCCUCGGCAUGAAAAUCGGCUCCUGGCUCUUUCUGUGAAUGGUGCAAUCAAAGAUACAGUGAUCUUUGAAAGAAUUCCUUUAGUUUGGUCACCUCAAUUCAGACUGACGUGGGCUAAUGGCCGAAGGACUAUGACUUGCAUCGAGGAAGGCAACCUUAACGUGCUUGACAUAUCUGCCCGUAUGAAACACAGGGCUUUGCAGGGAUAUGGCAUGCAGUGUGAUGAUGUUCAAGUCAAUGCAACAGUGGUAGCUGAUGAACCACAUUUGCAGGGUCUGUGGAAGUGGAUAAGCUUGGUACGAAAGGAUUUAUUUCAGAAGAAGUUAAGUCUGGGUCGCCUACCCAGCAUAUUCAACAUGGGUGUGAAGCAGGUUUUAAGAUACUAUGGCGAUGCCAGCAUUCCCAUGAACAGUGACCUCAUCUAUGCAAACUGGCAGUGUGUGGAUGAUGUUAGCUUUAAUAUGAAGCACCAGUAUCGCAGCCAGGAGAGGGCUGCUGCUCUAGCUCUUUGUGGCUGGGUGUCUGAAGCAAGUCAAGAAUUCAAUCAACACUUAGACUGGCUUGUAGAAAAAGGAGAAGUAGAAAAAGCAGCUGCUAUUGCAGUGUUUUUUCUUAAGAUGAAAAAGGCCCUAGAAAUUCUGUCAUUCAAUGGGAUGAACACAACAAAUGGUAAUGCAAGCCUCAAUGCAGUAGCUAUGGCUCUCGCUGGCUACAGUGAGGAUCGAAAUGCCUCCCUUUGGCGAAGGACAUGCAGCACUCAGCGUUAUCAGCUGUCAAAUCCUUAUCUGCGGGCUAUCUUUGCAUUCCUUGCCUGUGACAAUGAUUACUACAGCGAUGUAUUGGAAGAAGAUGGCAUGGCUGUGGAAGAUAGAGUGGCCUUUGCUCUGACCUACCUCCCUGACGCCAAGUUGAAGCAGUACAUUGAACGACUUACAGAGGAACUGGUGCGAACAGGAGAUCUGGAUGGCAUGCUUCUGACAGGGAUGUCCAGCGAAGGCAUAGACCUGAUGGAGAAGUAUGUAGACCUGACAAGUGAUGUACAGACGGCAGCCAUCACAGCUGUUUUCACAGGGAUGAUUCCUGCAGCUAAAGAUGAAAGAGUGAACUCUUGGAUAUGCAACUACAAGAUGUUGCUGGAUCAAUGGUGCUUGUGGCAUGAAAGGGUAAUGUUUGACAUUGUGACCCAGGCUUGCGUACCAGAUUUGGUUGUACCACCACAGGUUUUCAUUUCCUGCAAUUUCUGUGGCAAAUCUGUGACCAAUACUCGAGGCUUCCGCAUGCCAGAACGUAACUACCUACCACCCUUUUCUCGUGCACCACAGCAACAGAGAGUCAAGAUCUCUUGCUGCCCUAGCUGCCGGAAAGCCUUGCCACGUUGUGCCAUUUGCCUAUGCACUUUAGGAACAGCUUCUGCUUUUGGUGUGUCAGGGGAACAUUCUCCUUUACAAGGUGGUCAGGAGAAGCUAACUCCAUUUGUUGAUUGGUUCUCCUGGUGUCAGACCUGUCGACAUGGAGGUCAUGCAGGUCACAUCACAGCAUGGUUCAGGGAUCACACAGACUGUCCAGUGACUGGGUGCUCAUGCAAAUGUCUGAUGAUAGACUCUCCAAUCAAGCCUUUGGGCUCUUGACAAAAAUUUUGUGAAUGUGUACAUAGCUUCAUUCUGAAUGAAUAGUCACAGGAAUAAGAAAUUCACAUUCUGACAGACUUGACUGCAGUGUCAUUUUUUCUGUCUCUGAAUGGACACAUAAGCCGUUUGUGAAUGGGAGUUUAUUCAGUGCAGAAUCACUCCAUGAGCUCACCUGAUUAUGUAAUUGGCUUCUUCCAUACGAACCACGUCUUAUGGUGCAUCAGCAUUUGAAACUGCCAGGAAUACAUCACUUUCAUGUUGUCACUGUCUUCUGUGUUGAACACUAGGAAAGAACCUAGAUUAUGGCUAAUGCAAUGCCUUGCAGCCAUAUAUACCUUUUCUGUUCAUAUGUACAAUACUGUUGUGAUAUGAAUGGGUUUGAAAUAAAUGAAGUGUGAUGUUCCAAGAUGUUAUUGACAUUUUAAAAAUAAGGCUGUGCCAGAUUUGUCAGUUGACAUUUGCCUAUUCUAGGCUUCCAGACAUUCACAAUAUUCCCACUGUAGUUUUUUUUUUAAUUGAUCAUCACUGUAUCAAAAGCUCUGUUCGUUGAUAACUAAAUACUGUAGAUAAAAAUAAGCAUACAAUUAACUUUUCAUUUCAUUUAAUUUCAUUCACUCCUUGACUGGUACCAGUUGGUGAAUAGUUAUGCUGGUGUGCCAUUUCUGGUUAUGAGGGGGAAAACAACUGGAAAUGCAGUGGCUGACAGGGCCCAUCGCUUAGGCCUGUCUUUUGCCUGAAGUAAGCAGAUUCUGUAUGGAGCAACCCAUCUGCAAACCCAGUUCUUUCUGUCCACCUCAGCAUCAUCUGCAAGGUACCCUGAAGGAUGGUCAGUCAGUGUAGUGGUGGGUCACGACUGAACCAGACCAGCUUGUGCUGCUUUGCUAUUGUGAGAAAUGAGUCCUAGUGACCUACUAUAAUGGCAAUUGUGCUUAGUACAAUGUCUUAGUUUUGCAUUCUGUUUAGGAGAUUGAAAGCAGCCUCCUCUGUUAUUUUGCUUGCAAUACCUGUUCUCCCCUUUCCCUAUUGGCAAGCAGAGUUCACAUCUCACAUAUCCAUACAGCAGCAUUGGAAUUUUGAGACAGUCGUUGUAAGUAAACUUGAUAGCAUUGCUGCAUCAUAUCUUGUCCAGUCUGGCUGGUGUCACUGUUGCAAUCCUAAUGUGGAUGUCUGCUAUCUUUGGAGAGGGUGGCUUGUAAAUACUUAAAUCUGUUCACCUCCAUGAUCUGUACUCAGUUCAUGUAAAUCUCUGCAUUUCCAUUAACAAUGAUUUUGCUUGUCAGUACUGUUCUCCACUCCAAAAGCAUUAACUAUGUCAGUUUGAUGUAAAGGUUUUGCAGUUCACCUGCCAUCAGAUUGUCAUCUGCAACAUGAAGCUUGCAUGCGGGCCUGCCACUAAUAAUGAAAGUUUGAUGAUCAUGGUUUCUUUCAUAAUGUUCUCCCCAAAGAUGUUGAAAAGAAAAGGCAAUAGUGGGUAUCCUUGAUGGAUGCCCAAUGUUUUGUGAAAGUUCCCAUUUGGUUAUCCAGUAGCACUGGGCACAUAUAAGUGAGUAAAUAAACUAGUUUUAUGAAAUGAUGUUCAAAAAAAAAGGUCAAACAAUUCUCUAGACAAUUAACAAGCCACACUGUGAGCCUGUAAUACAUUAGUUCAUGCUGUGAAAUCACUGACAUUUAUUUUGUACCUUAGUCUCCAUUACCUUAAAUCUGUGAACAAUGUUACAAAAAUUAAAAGCUAAUUCAUGCUAUACAAUACCAUUCAAAUUUUAUUAAAAUCAUCUUUAUUUCUUUGAUGCUCAUUCACUUAUAGCUUUUUUGAGCUGUCAUUUGCAAACUUAGAAUUAAAGCAGUGACAGAAAGUCCAUUAAAAUAAAAUUGUGUUUGUAAAAUAUUCCGGUUCUUUUAUCAGAGAUUAAGCAUUUUUAUUUUCUUCUACUUAAAUGUGACAGAAUCCUGUAGCAGAUGCUAUAUAAGACUGUGAAUUACACAGUUUUAAUUACAAGACUUAGGAAUUAUGCAUCCUACAUAUCAAAUACUUAGUUUGACAUGUAUCAUAAUAGUGCAAAAUUAUGUGCACAUGCUGGAGUAAAUGCUGGCCUACAUGGAUAGAAAGAGCUGAGUGAAAGGAAUAUUUCAUUUCCUCUUAGUUGAAAUUGUACCAACUCAAGAAGAACUAAAAUAUAUAAAAAAAAACAAAGAUAAUGUAAAAUACAUGUACUGUUAAACACAUAUUUUGUUGAAAUUUAUUAGUUGAAUAUGAAUUAAGUAGCCAUUUUCACAUUAGACAUUUUAUUAAAAAUUAUAUCUUGUGAAGAGUAUGUCUUGCUUAAACUGCAGUCUCUGUUCACUCUACAGCAAAAAAGGAUAUCUUUAGCAUGCACAGUCGCAUAAGAUAAGCUGACAUUCCAAGAUUAUAUCCAUAAUUGAAUUUAAUUACAUUUAAAAUUACCAACAUUAUAAUGAUUAAGAACAGCCAGGAAUAUUUAAUUGGAUGAAGCAUUUAUCUUAGCAGUAGUAGUUGCUGCCUCUUACUGGAAAAAUUAGAUCCAUAGGACUCUAUAUCACUGUAUUUGACGAGAACAUCAAUGCUGCUAAGCUUAUAGUAAGGUAUUGUCAGAAGUCUGACCUUUCAUCUGUGUAAAACCUUUGAGGACAAAGUUUGUUAUGUUGUGUUUCAGCAGUCUUUUGUACUUACAUCCAAAUUUAUAUUUUUCACCAUGUGAAUGAACUUUUGUAAGGUGAUCUGUUUCUACGUUCCUGAUUUAGUGCAUCAGCAAAACUAUUUAAGUGGAAAUCUAAUAGAAAUUCUGCCAGCAUUAUUAGCAAACUUUAGGCACUCAAAUUUUAAAGAUUUCUUCUUAUUCUAAUUCAUUAAUAACGUGAUAUGCUGCUAACCAGUCACUGGUUAAGAUUAGGUAUCUUUAGAAGUAAACCUCAUCAGUAUUACUCCAAUUAAUAAUGCUCAUAUGGAACAGCAAAAUGAUACAAUGUAUCUCAUGUUCUUCAAUGUACUGUGCUCCAAGGUAUCCAACAAGGAACAGAUGCCUCUUUGCAUACUCUUUACCUUAUUAUUACACCUGCAGUGGAAUUUUUGAUUCCUCUUACCCUUUUUUU